AUGGAGCUUGGGCCAGGGGUGGUGAGAUGCGAGGAGCCCCUGGUGGAUCCAGUGACAGACACAGCCAUGGCCCCCAGAAGACCCCACCCCUUGCUCUUCCUGACCCUGGUCCUGCUGGCCGCCUGCCUGGCCCAGCUCAGCGAAGUUGAUCCAGUGACAGACGCAGCCAUAGCUCCGAGGAGACCCUUCUCCUUGCUCUUCCUGACCCUCCUCCUGCUGGCCACCAGCCUGGCCCAGUGCAGGUCAAGAAACCGCAACCAGCAGUUCCUCAGACAUUAUGUUGAUUUCCCCAAGACCAGCGCCCUCAACGACCAGAGCUACUGCGACACCAUGAUGCAGCACUGGGGUCUGAUCCGCACUUUCUGCAAAAUCACCAGCACCUUCAUCCACACUCCCGCCAGCCAGCUCUAGGCCAUCUGCGUCCUGGCAGGGAGAUGCAGCCCAAUCUGGCACUGUGACAGCAAAGUACUCUACGAGCUCACCACCUGCCGGGUGGUGCCCAGCUCCCGCUCAGGGUGCUGUGUCUACAGGGCCAGAUCCCGGACCCGCAGGAUCCGUGUGGGCUGUAACCGGCAGCAGCAGCCCGUGCGCUUCAUCAGAGUCCUGUAG